AUGGAGGGACGUUAUAUGAUUUUUCAUAUUCCUGGAGAUCAGAAGAUUCUUAGUCUUAGUGAAGCUGGAGUCUAUGGGUAUUUGGCAGGAAAUCUGGCAGUGGAUGGAGCAGCUACACAGUCAUCAACAUUUACGGGCUGGUUUGCUGAAAAGGCCAUUGAUAGUAAUCGAGGUCUCCAGCAGAAUACAGCAUGCGCAUCAACCCUUAAUCAGACUAACCCGUGGUGGAGGCUGGAUCUCCGUCAUAUUUACAGAGUUAGCAGAGUGGUGGUCACUAACAGAAAAGACUGCUGUACCGAACAAAUGAACGGAGCGGAGAUUCGCAUCGGAAACUCUUUGGAGAGCAACGGCAACAACAAUCCCAUGUGUCCUGUUAUUCCUGCUAUUCCAGCAGGUGAGUCCUACAGCUACUCGUGCGGUGGGAUGGAUGGACGUUACGUGAAUCUGAUCAUUCCUGAAGACAUGAAGAUACUCACUCUCUGUGAGCUGGAGGUCUAUGGAGAAGGUCCAGUUUUAAAAAGAUCUUUUGUAAAGAUGCGUCCAGAGUCCAGAGUUGAUUUAACUGACCCUUCCGUGAGAGAAAACGUUCUGAAACAGUUGGGAUCUGCUCUGGUUGACAGAUUCACAAAUGUGACUCUACGGUGGUCUCAGACCCCUAAACGGGUGAUCCAGAAGGUGACUGCUGGUAAAAGUCGUUGUGGCAAUAGAAGAUAA